CAUAAUCGACUAACUCUUGCAAUCUCCACGAUGGUUCAUGUUUAAAAUGGCUAUUGAUGGCUAAUGUUUAAAAUGGCUAAUGUUUACCUGUGUUUAUGGCAUGUCUCUCCCAGGUGCUGGUGACUCUGCUAUACUUGCUGGUCCUCCAUGCCGUGGGCCUGGCACCACUGAAGCCCUACUCUCUGUCUCUGGGAGAGCGCCUGCUGGUGCCCUCUAUCUGUGGGAGUGCCCAGGCUGUGCUGGGUGUGUGGGCAGAGGCCAGUGCCCACUCUGGCAUGUACCCACUCACCAUGGGCCUGCUGCCUCUGCUCUGUGUGGGCUGGAGCCACGGCCUGCGACUGGCACUACUCCCGUCAGUCCACCUAAUGGGCCUUAUCACAGUCAUCACUUUCACCUCUGUCACUAUCACAGUGUCUCAGGGUGUCCCGUCAGUGGAGGUUCUGGAGUGGCUCUACGCCCCACUGGCCCUCCUUCUCCACAGCCUCUCUCUGACCUGGCUGACCAAGGUGGCUGAGAACGAGCACCGGCGCCACAUCAGCUCCCACAUCUCACCCUUUGACCUGUACUUCACCCUGAUGGUGAACCAGAGCCUGGUGCUGGGCUUCCUGUGCCUGCUGCACCCAGAGGGCCCCCGGGCACUGAGCGAGGGUAGCUGGCAUAGUCUGCUAUUCAUGGGGUACCUGCUGGCCAUACUGCUGCUGGGAGCGCUACAGAAUCUCUUGGUCGACAUGGCCGCUCUGGCCUUCUCACCGCUGGCUGCAGCACUACUUCACACGGCACGUGGAUUAACAAGACCUUUGUACAGCCUGUUGUAGAGAUCCAACAUAGAGGAUGAAGUUGAUCGUAGAGACUAGUCAGUCUGAAAUCAGUUUUGCAUUCCUCCUAAUGAUAAAAGGGAGGAUUUGUCAAGGAUAAUCUGAUCCUAGAUCUGUGCCAUGAGCAAGAUACAUAGCUUUACGUUUCAGGAAGCCUUACACAAGUUUCCCACAAUAAGUUGGGUGAAUUUUGGCCCAUUCCUCCUGACAGAGCUGGUGUAGCUGAGUCAGGUUUGUAGGCCUCCUUGCUCGUACAUGCUUUUUCAGUUCUGCCCACAAAUUUUCU